GCCGUUUUUGAGUUACAUUUUUUUGAAAAUUUCAAUUUUUCUGCCCAUACACACAUGGAAUGAACGUUAUUCUCCACUAUUUCAAAUAGCUCAAAUUAAAUCAAAAGUAUGAAAAUGUUAUUCAAGAGUGUUUGUUUGGUCUCGUUUAUUAGAAGAAUUUACGAAUCGCAAUAGUUGAAAAUAAUUCAAUCGGAAUAGUCUGGUGUUGUUAUUGAUGACUUCAUUCUCCAAAAUCGGCAAUGCAAUAUGUCAUUUUUCAAAAAGGUUGGUUUUCAGCGAUCCAUACAAUAGGUUACCUGCUUUGUUUAUAUGUUUUCAAUAUUUUUGAUGCAAGUAAUUCAUUGUAUUUUCUUUUUUGAUUAUGAUUCAUCUGUCUCCUUUUCCUUGUUCACUCUACCUAAAUGAUACCCAAAGGGACUAUUUAAAGUGGUCUAUAAGAUAAAGUAUAUGUCAGUCAAGAAAAUCAGUGAAAUUGUCCAGUUCCAAUUGUCCAGAAACGUUUAAUACAAUGAAGCACGAAUGCUCAAAUUGCCAUGUUUGGAGUAAUUGUUACAGGGAACUUACUCCUAAACUGUAUGAUUAUGCAGCGGAAAGGAGAAUAAAAUUGGAUAAAAGCUGUUCCCACAUUUGUAAUACCUGCUAUUGCCGACUUUAUCGCAUUAUCAAGAAAAGAAACGAGCCAGCAGCUCCAAGUGCAGUUAAUAUAGAAUGUGAAAAUCAAGAACUCACCGUUUCUGAACCAUCGAAACUUGAUGAUCUCGCCGUUGCCGGACCAUCAGACACCAAUAAUUUCGCCGUGGCGGGACCAUCUAGAGUGAACAAUUUCGCCGCACCAGCAAACAUCAAUAAUGGUGGUUUCGAAAUAAUCGAUCCCAAUGCCGCUGGAUCAUCGGAAAUUGACGCUGUUCCUAGUGUUGAAUCUUUGUUUUCUUUGGAAUCAACGAGUGCUGAAUCAAUUGGUAGCUGGUAGAAUGUUAAAUUAAUGUUUAAAACCCUUAAGGACAAGAAACUUAUUCAUAACCAUUUAAAAACGUAUAAUGACUUGUUUUUAAAAUACUUUGUGAAAAUCCUACAGAGAAAUGUUGGUUGAAAACCUGUGCUCAUUGCCCGGGUACGCAGACACUGGAGAAUGACCUGAUGCAUUUUCUUGAAAAUGUCGAUUCCUUAGAAUUUAAACAAUGUGAAAAUCAAGAACUCACCGUUUCUGAACCAUCGAAACUUGAUGAUCUCGCCGUUGCCGGACCAUCAGACACCAAUAAUUUCGCCGUGGCGGGACCAUCUAGAGUGAACAAUUUCGCCGCACCAGCAAACAUCAAUAAUGGUGGUUUCGAAAUAAUCGAUCCCAAUGCCGCUGGAUCAUCGGAAAUUGACGCUGUUCCUAGUGUUGGUAAGUAGAAUAAUCUCUUCUUUUUGUUCAUUCAGACAUCAUGAUUUGCUACGUUAUACUAGUUGUACUCGAUUAUUCAGAAAAUUGAAAAAACAUCAGUUCCGUAUAAU